GGUUCUAUCCUCAGUAAGAUGGACCGGGCUGUGUCUCCCUGUGACGACUUCUAUGGGUUCUCCUGUGGUGGCUGGCUGAGAGACAACCCUAUUCCUGAAGACUCCUCUUCAUAUGGCAUCUACCCCUGGUUACGCCAACACGUUGAUAUCACACUCAAAGGUGAGCACGAGAACAUGAUGAGCUCAUACACACUCAUACCCUGACUACACUCCCCCACCUCUAAAUGUUGUCUGUAUGUGAGUUGUAGAGUUGCUGGAGACUCCAUCAGACUCAGAUGAGAUAGAAGCUGUCAGGAAGGCCAAGGUCUUCUACCGCUCCUGUAUGGACGAAGGUAACCUACAACCACACACAGACACACACACACACACACACACACACACACACACACACACACACACACACACACACACAGACACACACACACACACACACACAGACACACACACACACACACACACACACAGACACACACACACACACACAGACACACACACACACAAAUGAGAAAGCCGAGAUGGGAGCUGAGGUUACAUCAAAAACAUCAAGUUCUAUAGUGGUACAAAGUGUGUGUGUGUGUGUGUGUGUGUGUGUGUGUGUCUUUGUGGCUGUGUGUUUCUUUGUGGCUGUGUUUGUCUUUGUGUCUGAUGUGUGUUCCUUUGUUGUCUGUGGUGUGUCCUGUGUGUGUCUGUGUGUGUGAUGUGUGUGUCUUUGUGUAGUCUGGAUGUGUCUUUGUGUCUUUGUGUCUGUGUGUGUCUGUGUGUGUCUUUGUGUCUGUAUGUGUCUUUGUGUCUGUGUGUGUCUUUGUGUCUUUGUGUCUGUGUGUGUCUGUGUGUGUCUUUGUGUCUGUAUGUGUCUGUGGUGUGUCUGUGUGUGUCUGUGUGUGUCUUUGUGUCUGUAUGUGUCUUUGUGUCUGUGUGUGUGCUUUAUGUGUCUUGUGUCUGUUGUGUGUCUGUGUGUGGUCUUUUGUGUCCUGUAUGUGGUCCUUUGUCGUCUCUGUGUGUCUUUGUGUCUGUGUGUGUCUGUGUGUGUCUUUGUGUCUGUCUGUGUCUGUGUGUAGCUAUAUUGGAGAAAGUGGACAGUGGUCCUCUGUUGAAGCUUUUACAGCAGCCUGAGUUCCACUGGCCCGUCCUGGGGGAGGGGCUUGAGGGGAAGUGGCUCUGGUCGCCAGGACGAUGGGACCUGCUGCAGACAUUGGCUCAGAUUAGGAACCAACACAGCAAGAGUGUUCUGAUUCGCUUAUACAUCGCCCCCGACGACAAGAACUCAACCAACUACAUCAUUAAGGUGGCCCCCUGA